AUGGUGAAAGUGGAAACUGUACAGACGAAACCAUUUCAAGGGCAGAAGCCGGGAACAAGUGGACUCAGAAAGAGGGAAUUGCAUUUCACUGCUAGUACCCACACCGGAGGUCCAAAAGCUGUUUUGUAUAAGUUCAACUGCGAGAAUGGCGGACCAGCUCCUGACGCUGUGACCAAUGCUAUAUAUACUAUUACAACACAAAUAUCCACUUAUUCUAUCUGCCCAGAUCUGCAAUGUGAUUUCUCCCAAAUUGGAACAAGUGAAUUUGACGUGGAAAAUGUUGGACACUUCGUUGUAGACGUCAUUGACUCCGUAAAGGAUUAUGUGGAGUUAAUGCAAAGAAUCUUCGACUUCGGGAAG